UGGGGUAGCACAGACCCGAGUCCAAUUCUUUAUGAAUAUACCAUUUUUUCACAUUCCCGUGAGCCAGCGAUUCAAAAACACAAUCGAAUUUCGAAAACAAAAAAACCCAUCACAUUCUACCAUUUCGAUUCUGCCCAUAACCUCAGAACAGAGCAGAGAACAGCGAAGGAAAAACCAUUCUUCAAUUCCCCAUGUUUUGACGGCAAACACAAUCCUCUUUCUCUUUAAGACACUGAUUUUGUUGCUUCUCUUCUCUUCUUCUUUCAUGGGUUCAUUUCGGUUCUUCUUUCUGACGCUUUUAAUCUCAAGAGAAUAACCUGGAAGCGCUUCGUUGAGCUUUGGAAGCUUCUGGGCUCUAAUGGGUCUCACCAGACCUCAUAAGCCCACCAAUGGCUUUUCUCCCAGAUGGGUUUUUCUGUUUUGCAUUGCUAGCUUCUUCCUGGGUAUUUUUGUUGUCGACAGGUUUUGGGCUGUGCCCGAUCCAGUAGAAACAGAUGAGGAGGAUGCAUCUUUAGAGAAAGUCCAAUCAAAAACUUCUCAGCCCAUUGUUAAUUGUGAGAAGAAGGAGGCUUCCCUUCAGGCUGAUAUUCUUUCUCAAGUAUCACAAACCCACGAUGUUAUCAUGACGUUAGACAAAACAAUCUCAUCAUUGGAGGUGCAGCUAGCCGCAGCUAGAGCUUCUAAAGCGGAUGAUGAUGAAGGAUCUCCUAUGGUUACAGAUUCCGGAAUCAAGAUUUUGAAGGAGCGACCUAAGGUUUUCUUUGUUAUGGGAAUCAUUACGGCUUUCAGCAGCAGAAAGCGAAGAGACUCUAUUAGAGAAACAUGGAUGCCUCAAGGUGAAGAUCUAAGAAAGCUGGAGGUGGAGAAGGGAAUUAUAAUACGCUUUAUCAUUGGACAUAGUGCAACUCCUGGUGGCGUGUUGGAUCGUGCAGUUGAUGCAGAGGAUGCACAACAUAAGGAUUUUCUAAGACUGAACCACAUAGAAGGAUACCAUGAAUUAUCCUCGAAAACCCAAAUAUACUUCUCAACAGCAGUUGCUAAGUGGGAUGCAGAUUUCUUUAUCAAAGUUGAUGACGAUGUUCACAUAAAUCUUGGUAUGGUCGGCUCUACUUUGGCCCGUCAUAGAUCAAAACCACGCGUUUAUAUUGGUUGCAUGAAGUCGGGCCCAGUUCUUGCUCAAAAAGGGGUAAAGUACCAUGAACCUGAAUACUGGAAAUUUGGUGAGGAAGGCAACAAGUAUUUUAGACAUGCAACUGGGCAAAUUUAUGCCAUCUCCAAAGAUUUGGCUACCUACAUUUCAGUUAAUAGGCCCAUACUACAUAAAUUUGCAAAUGAAGAUGUUUCCCUGGGUUCAUGGUUCAUUGGUCUUGAUGUGGAACACAUUGAUGAUAGGAGCCUUUGCUGUGGCACUCCACUUGACUGUGAGUGGAAAGCCCAAGCUGGGAAUCCUUGUGCUGCAUCAUUUGAUUGGAGUUGCAGUGGCAUUUGCAAAUCAGUGGAGAGAAUGGAGGAGGUUCACCAGAGAUGUGGGGAAGGUGAUGAAGCUAUUUGGCACACCAGUUUUUAGAAAAGCUUUUGAAUUUGAUGAUAUCUUUAUUUUUGUCACUGUAUAUUUGUAGAAUAUCUGUUUGUAUUAUCAAGUUAUGAACCCACACUAAUGUUCACAAACUCCCCAUCUGCCCAAUUUUUGCUUAUUCAUUAUUACAA